AUGCAAGACGCAAUUCAUCAUCCAACAACCAACAUGAAGAGAAUCCUCAGUAGGAAUCACGACGGCGAAGAACUUGUACCGGAUUCGCACACUCGUUCUCCUUCAAUUUCCAACAGAAAAUGUUCCGUUGCCACUUCCUUGCCCUUAUUCGCUUCCCUCUUUCUCAUUACUCUCUCCCUCUUCUCUCUUUCGUUUAUUCUUCCGCAUUCUCCAUCAACACCUACUACUACUAGUACUAUUCGACAACAAGGUUUGAAUAGUGGUGCCUCUGAUUCUGUUAAGUUCAUAAAAGAUAAACUACUAGGUGGACUUCUAGCAGCUGGAUUUGACGAUGGAUCAUGUCUCAGUAGGUAUCAUUCAGUUAAAGGACUAUCAGGGAAUCUCUCCUCUUACCUCGUCUCCAGAUUAAGAAAGUAUGAAGCACUCCACAAAAAAUGCGGACCUUAUACUGAAUCCUACAAUAAAACGGUGAAAGAUCUCAGUUCAGGUCACUUAAGCGAGUCCCCGGAUUGUAAAUAUGUGGUUUGGAUUUCAUUUAGUGGUUUAGGGAACAGGAUAUUGACCUUGGCUUCUGCAUUUCUUUAUGCUCUCCUCACAAACCGUGUUCUUUUGGUUGAUCCUGGAGUUGAUAUGGCUGAUCUUUUUUGCGAACCGAUUCCAGAUGUUUCAUGGUUUCUCCCUCCUGAUUUCCCUCUAAACAGUCAAUUUCACGGUUUCAAUCAGGAAUCUGAUCAAUGUCAUGGAAAAAUGCUGAAAAAUAAAUCAGUCACAAAUUCAAAAGUUCCUUCUUCUGUCUACCUUCAUUUGGUACAUGAUUACAGUGAUGAGGAUAAGCUUUUCUUUUGCGAUGAAGAACAGGAAUUUUUGCAGAAAGUACCUUGGUUAAUAAUGAAAACAGAUAAUUACUUUAUUCCAUCGCUAUUCUUGAUGCAGUCUUUUGAUCAGGAGCUCAGUAAUCUCUUUCCAAACAAGGAUAAAGUUUUCCAUUUCUUAGGCAGGGUUUUCGACACUAGACCUGGUCCAUUUCAAUAUGUAUUGGAUCAAAUCCUAGCUUGCACCAUGAAGGAAAAUCUCUUGCCUGAUAUUGACAAGAAGCAUGAUAUUACUGGUUCAUUAGGAAGUUCAAAUUCGAAAGCGGUACUAAUGACAUCCUUAAGCUCUGGCUAUUUCGAAAAAAUAAGAGACAUGUAUUGGGAAUAUCCAACGCUGACCGGAGAAGUUAUCAGUGUAUACCAACCAAGCCAUGAGGGAUAUCAGCAAACUGAAAAGCAAAUACACAAUCAAAAAGCUUGGGCGGAAAUGUAUUUAUUGAGUUUAACCGAUGUGUUGGUGACUAGCUCCUGGUCUACUUUUGGCUACGUGGCGCAGGGGCUCGGAGGUUUGAAACCUUGGAUACUAUACAAACCUGAGAAUGAAACAGCUCCUGAUCCUCCUUGUCGACGUGCAAUGUCGAUGGAGCCGUGUUUUCAUGCUCCUCCUUUCUAUGAUUGUAAGGCUAAGAGAGGAGCUGAUACAGGUGCACUUGUUCCACAUGUAAGACAUUGUGAGGAUAUGAGUUGGGGUCUUAAAAUUGUAGACAAUUAA